GAACACGAAUAAAAUAUAUACUUGGCAAUUUUAACAAACCUUGUAUAUUGGAAAACCAUUAAUGUCGAUCACAUUGAUUAAACAAAGAAUUAUAUAAGACUUUCGAUCAAGUGUCGUAAAUUCAAGUUUAGCCGUACAAAGCCGUGCACGUUUUCCUGAUAACAAACGACGUUAAACCACUAAUGAUGGUCAAACAUACGCCAGUUUAUUGCACGUGCCGUCGAUAACAUCAGAUAAAAUCAAUUCGAUAUGCUAUUGGAGCUUCGAAGGCAGCUCCAAUACAGAGUGAUAUAAUAAAGUCCUCCAGGACAUAUUGUCCACAUAAUAAUCCAUGACGACUCUCACAAGCAUGAAUAACAUGACUCUGGAACGUCUAUACAAUUGCAGUGCAUGGAUCCUGGAGCUUAAUAUUACCGUGCUUUUGAAAGUUAAUCGUAAUGAAUUCCGUCAUUUUUUUGAUGAGGCAUUAAACAGAUCAACUCGACCUAACGCUCUUCGAGAGGCGCUUUUGGAUUGUAUUUUCGUCAAUCAGGAACGACCAUUUGAUCUACCAUGGUGGCAGAAGCUCUUCUGGUCGCUGAUAUUUGCAGUGAUACUGUUGGUUGCAACUAGUGGCAAUAUCAUCGUAAUGUGGAUCGUACUUGCUCACCGGCGAAUGCGUACCAUCACUAAUUACUUCUUGGUAAAUCUCUCCGUGGCGGAUCUUAUGAUGUCAUUGCUCAACUGCGCCUUCAACUUUAUUUUCCUCCUCAACUCUAAUUGGCCCUUCGGAGUAGUAUAUUGCACUAUCAACAACUUUGUAGCACAUGUGACUGUCGCUUCCAGUGUUUUUACUCUCGUCGUAAUUUCAUUUGACAGGUACAUGGCCAUUAUGUAUCCUCUGAAACAUCAUAUGUCUCGCAAGAGAACGGUGAUUACUUUAAUUUUAAUCUGGAGCAUUUCAUCUGCACUAGCGAUCCCGUGCCUUUUAUAUUCCACAACGACAUCACGCAGAUAUUCUCAUGGAACAACCAGAAUUUCGUGUUAUCUCUUAUGGCCUGACGGAGGUUAUUUACAUAGUAAGACAGAAUAUUGUUAUAAUCUUCUAUUCCUCACUGUAACGUAUCUGGUUCCUAUGACAGUGAUGGCUGUCUGUUAUGCAUGUAUGGGACGAAAAUUAUGGGGCUCAAAAUCUAUUGGCGAACUUACACAUUAUCAAAAAGAAUCGAUGAAAUCUAAACGUAAGGUUGUAAAAAUGUUUAUCAUUGUGGUGACAAUAUUUGCGGUGUGUUGGCUGCCAUAUCAGGGAUUCUUUAUUUUUGUGUAUCAUUAUCGUCAUUUCGCAGAAAGCAGUUAUGUACAACAUGUAUAUUUAGGCUUCUAUUGGCUCGCCAUGUCCAACUCUAUGGUUAAUCCGAUUAUAUAUUAUUGGAUGAAUAACAGGUUUCGAGUUUACUUUGAUUUAGUACUCUGCAAAUGUUGCUGCAUGAUGGAUCGAACAAAUGUGCAACGUCGUGAAACACAAGAGUUGACAAGAUUUCAACGCUCCGAUAUCCUUGCAUGCAAUUCGGGUCGUUGCAAAUCGACUUCCAUCAGGUGGCGACAGGACAUGGCAGAGAGCCAGAUACAAAUGUUUAAAACGAAUACUCGAACAAUGAGCGGGAGUCUUCACCUUAAAGAGGAUGUAGCUAUAAUUUGAAUCAAGUAUUAGUUUAAAUUUACAUUACAAAACAAUGUAUCUAUUAAAGAUGAUGUCCUAAUAUCACCAUUUUCAUGCUUCAUAUAUGA